CCGCCCUCCUUUCUGAGGCGUGCUGGUGCGUGCGGCGGAGCUCCGCGCCGUGUGCUCCCGUCCUGACUCACCGCUGUUCGCUCCCGCCGGGGAACAAGUCGGUCAGGAAGCCGCGCCGCAGCCAUGGCCUUUAAAGACACCGGGAAGACGCCCGUGGAGCCCGAGGUGGCGAUCCACCGCAUCCGGAUCACGCUCACCAGCCGCAACGUGAAGUCGCUGGAGAAGGUGUGUGCCGACUUGAUCAGAGGCGCCAAGGAAAAGAAUCUGAAGGUGAAGGGACCGGUGCGCAUGCCCACCAAGACACUGAGGAUCACUACAAGGAAAACACCUUGUGGUGAAGGUUCCAAGACGUGGGAUCGUUUCCAAAUGAGAAUCCACAAGCGGCUCAUCGACUUACACAGUCCUUCAGAGAUCGUUAAACAGAUCACUUCCAUCAGUAUCGAGCCAGGAGUGGAGGUGGAAGUCACUAUUGCAGAUGCCUAAGUCAGCUAUUUUAAUAAAUUGACUUGAUCAGC